CAACACAGCCCGUCUGUCAGCGCCACGGACCGGUUCUCCUUUUACCACCUCACCCGCGGAGGAGGGGGUGGGGGUUUCCAUGUGAAACCAGUGGACACGGUUUUUCCCCCUCGGUUGUUGGUUUUUAUUUUUUUAUUUGUUUCAAACCGUCAAACCCUGAGCUUUUGUCUGUGUGGGACUCCGGCGUCGUUAGCCUGAGACCGUCCCUGUUCCACCCCGAGAAGAAGAAGAAGAAGAAGAAGGAGAAGAAGAAGAAGAAACACAGCAAGAGAGAAAACCCGCCACUUUAUAUAUCUUCCAUUAAUUAGUCCGGGGCUCGGUUGAACCGCAGCGGGAUGCAGUGGAGGAUUACACCGAGACAAUGAGACAACCAGCCGGGGAAGGUGCUGCGUGGUGAGAGGGAAACAGUGGGUGCGGCAUGCUGAGGCCACUCCCCCUGGCUCAGGAUGAGUGUCAGAGAUGGCGCUGCCACCAUGGCAACGAUCGCAGGUGGAGGAGGAGGGGGGAAUGGGCCAGCUAACCUUAACGAUCACGAUGACCGCUCGUACCUGCUUCAGAUUUACCCUCGACUGAAUGCCCAGCCCUCCACCUGCUGCAACCUCAGGGUGCAGAAGGAUGCAACAGCAGCCUCUGUAAUCAAGGAUGCUGCCACUGAGCUGGGGCUGGACCCCGGUCGUCUGUAUGUGCUGGCGGAGGUGAAGGAAUGUGGUGGCGAGGAGUGGGUGCUGGAGGCCGGAGACCAGCCAGUCCAGAGGUUUCUGCUGUGGCCUCGGAAAGCCCAAGAGCAACACAAACAGAACCUCGGCUUUUACUUCUUACUGCAGGAGAGGAACCAUGAUGGUACUAUUCAUUAUGUCCACCUCCCUGCUGUGACCAAGGAGCAGGAGGUACAGCGGCUAGCUGCCAGGGGUUUCCUCCCACCCCCACAGGAUGACUUUGCAGACCUCUGCAACCUGCCCGCCCUCAAUGAGGACAGGAUAUUAAAUAACCUGCGCACACGUUUUUACAAGAAAAAGAUCUACACUUAUGCAGGCAGCAUCCUGAUCGCCAUCAACCCCUUCAAGUUCUUGCCAAUCUACAACCCUAAGUAUGUCAAGAUGUACGAGAACCACCAGCUGGGUAAAUUGGAGCCUCAUAUUUUUGCUAUCGCAGACGUGGCAUACUAUGCCAUGCUCAGGAAGAGAGUCAACCAGUGCAUCGUCAUCUCUGGGGAAAGUGGCUCAGGCAAGACCCAGAGUACCAACUUCCUGAUCCACUGUCUGACCGCACUCAGCCAGAAGGGUUAUGCCAGUGGGGUGGAGAGGACCAUACUGGGAGCGGGACCAGUCUUGGAGGCCUUUGGAAAUGCCAAGACAGCACACAACAACAACUCCAGCCGCUUUGGUAAAUUUAUCCAGGUUAACUAUCUGGAGAGUGGAGUGGUCAGAGGGGCUGUGGUGGAGAAGUAUCUUCUGGAGAAGUCUCGGCUGGUCUCCAGAGAGAAGAACGAGAGGAACUACCACGUGUUUUACUACCUGUUGUUGGGAGCCUCAGAGGAGGAGAGGAAGGAGUUUAAGCUGCUGCCGCCUGAAGAAUACUUCUACCUCAAGCAGCAAAACUUUAAGAUCGAGGAUGAGGAAGAUUUGCGUCAUGACUUUGAAAGGCUGCAGCAGGCAAUGGAGAUGGUUGGCUUCCUUUCUGCCACCAAGAAACAGAUCUUUUCUGUCCUCUCGGCCAUCUUGUAUCUGGGCAACGUGACCUACAGGAGGAAGUCAACCGGCCGAGACGAGGGGUUGGAUGUGGGACCACCAGAGGUCCUGUCUACGCUGUCUGAUCUGCUAAAGGUUAAAGAGGAGCUGCUGGUUGAGGCGCUGACGAAGAGGAAAACAGUGACAGUCAAUGACAAGCUGAUCCUCCCAUACAGCCAUUCUGAGGCUAUCACAGCCAGAGACUCCAUGGCCAAAUCUCUGUACAGCGCCUUGUUCGACUGGAUCGUUCUACGCAUCAAUCACGCACUGCUUAACAAGAAAGACAUGGAGGAAUCUGUUCCAUGCUUGUCCAUCGGUGUCCUGGACAUUUUUGGCUUUGAGGACUUUGCAACAAACAGCUUUGAGCAGUUCUGCAUUAACUAUGCAAACGAGCAGCUGCAGUAUUACUUCAAUCAUCACAUCUUCAAUCUGGAACAGGAGGAGUACCAAGCAGAGGGAAUCACGUGGCACAACAUCGACUACACAGACAACGUGGGCUGUAUCCACCUCAUCAGCAAGAAGCCCACUGGUCUGCUUUACCUGCUGGACGAGGAGAGCAACUUUCCCCACGCCACAGACGAGACUUUAUUGGCUAAAUUCAAGCAGCAGCACCAGGGCAACAAAUACUUUGUCCCCACAGCCGUCAUGGAGCCCGCCUUCGUCAUUCGCCACUUUGCUGGAAAAGUCAAAUAUCAGAUAAAGGAUUUCCGGGAGAAGAACACAGACCACAUGCGUCCUGACAUUGUGGCGUUGUUGCGGAGCAGUGAUCGUGCCUACGUUCGGCAGCUCAUCGGCAUGGACCCGGUUGCCAUGUUUCGGUGGGGCAUCCUGCGCGCCACCAUCAGAGGCCUCGCUGCUUUCAAUGAGUCUGGUCGUUCCUGGGCUGCCAAAACAUCCGGUGUUGUCCGUCCAGUCUCCAGAACUCCUUUAGGAGAGCUUCAGCGUUCCAAUGCCCCAAUAGAAAGAAUGUACAAGAAGAACAAGAGCACCAGACAGAAGCAGAUCAUCCCCAAGAGUUUGCUGGAUUCUCGAUCACUGAAGUUCAUUGUGGGUCUGACGCUGCACGAUCGCACAACCAAGUCUCUGCUGCACCUGCACAAGAAGAAGAAGCCCCCGAGCAUCAGUGCCCAGUUCCAGACUUCUCUGACCAAACUCCUGGAGACUCUGAACAAAGCCGAACCUUUCUUCAUUCGCUGCAUCCGCUCCAAUGCAGAGAAGAAGGAGAUGUAUCUGGACGAGGCCUUGGUGGUUCAGCAGCUGCGAUACACAGGAAUGCUGGAAACCGUUCGUAUCAGGAGGUCAGGCUACGGAGCCAAGUACACAUUCCAGGAGUUCAUUGAGCAUUUCAGAGUUUUGCUGCCAAAGAAAGCGUCUGCCUGUAAAGACGAUAUCUCAGCGCUGCUUGGCAAGAAGAUGGGCCUGGACCCCACCACGUAUCAGAUAGGCAAAACCAAGGUUUUCUUGAAAGAGCUGGAGCGACAGCAGCUGCAGGACACUCUACACAAGGACGUAAUGCGUAAGAUCCUCUUCCUUCAGCGCUGGUUCAGAGCUCGUCUGCAGAGGAAAGAGUUUUUGGACAUGAGGCAGGCAGCUUUCUUGAUCCAGCGUUCAUGGCGCAGGUACUGUAAAGAGGAGCAAAGGCGACGUGCAGCCACUUCCAUCCAAGCUUUGUGGAGAGGACACAGACAGAGAUUAGAAUACGGCCGCCAAAGACAAGGAGCCACCAAGAUACAAGCCCUGGUCAGAGGCCACUCAGCCCGCAGGAGGUGUCACUCCAUUCGUGAGGAGAAACAGAAAAAGGAGGAUGAGGAAAAAGAAGCUCAGAGGAGGGCAGAAGAAGAGGAAAGAAGGAGGAGGGAAGAGGAGGAAGAGGCGAAGAGAAAAGCGGAGGAGGAGGAGGCAAUGAAGAGAUUGGAAGAAGAAGAAGCAAGGAGAAAAGAGGAAGAGGAGAUAGCGAGGAGAAGAGCAGAGGAAGAAGAGACAGCUAAGAAAGCACAGGAAGCACAGAAAAAGAGAGAAGAAGAGGAGAAACAAAUGGGGCGAGAGCCUCAAACAAGAGAGGAUCCUGAUAUAGAGCUGGUCACGGAGGAGAUGCUAGAUGACAACCUCUCUCUACAGGAGGAGGGUAAAUCAAGCUCACAUACAGACGAGGAGGAACAGGACAAAGAUGAAGAGGAUGAGGAAUCAAGUUUGGACUCCAACGGUACCCUGGCUGAGGCUGGACCCCAGCUGGAUGAGAAAGAGGAGGACUCGGAGAACCAAACCCAAGGACAGCUAGACUCCGAACCUGUUCUUCCCUCUGAUGGGGUCACUCCCAACGCACUUAUAUCUCCAAGUCAGGUGUUAGAUAAACAGCCUCACAGCACUACCUCCAUACCUUCCAACGCUGAACAAGACAGAACACGAGCUCCACCUCUUCACAAGGGCCAGUCGUCCCGGAGUCAGGAGAAGAGAGAGCAGAGGAGACGACGAGGGCUGGAACACAACCAGAGAGAGACCGAUCGAGCCGCCUCCUCCUCCCUCUCCUCACCCACCGACAAGGACCAAGCAUCCCCGCCGAAGAGCAAAAGCCAGGAGACCUCCAAGCUCAAAGAACGUUCAGAUAGCAAGGAGCUGGACCAGUACACAUUUGUGGCCUGGAAGGUGAAAGAAGAGAAAGGAGGGAAGAAGGAGGCAAAAUCUUCUCCUCCUCCUCCUGUUUCUGGUCCUGUUCGUCCAACUUCCCUCCCCCUGCGGCCCCCUGACACUGUUUCUGAGAGAAACGGUCUUGGGGACAAUGGGGGGGCGGUGAACCUGCAACGCCGUCCUGGGGCAAUCAAAGAGAAGCCAGAGAAGUGGAAGGAGAGGAGGAGUGAGGGAGAGUACCCUGAGAGCACCAGCACUCUUCCAUCUCGCAACCGGGAGGAGAGGAGGAGAAAACCCCUCAGUGAAACAGUCUCAUCAUCAGUUGACAGUUUGUCUCCAGGCUCUGAAGGAGCUGGUGCCACAUCAGCCAGAGAGUGGAUUUCCCCCUCAGACAGUGAUGGGUCAAGAGGAUCCUCCAUCAGAAGGAAGCAACAAGAUGCAUCUGGUUACCAAGAUUCAGCCCACUCCAUCCCGUCCACACCAGACAGGUCAGGUGGUUUCUUCAGCAAGAUUUUGAAAAAACGACCCCACAAAGAAGCCCAGACUCCAGACAACGGAGAGCUGACACUCGCUCAGAUUCUCAGUGAAAAGCCCACAGGAGUGGAAGCCCCAUCAUCUGGACAUUCAUCUCGGUCUGUAUCUCAGUCACAUGGCGACCGUGCCAGCAAAAACAUUGGCCGCAACCCCUCCAUAAAGAUCAGUCGCGCCACGCGGGUCUCGGAGCAGUGGAACGCCUCCCUGGACCGAGAGAUCACCAACACUAACGAGCUGCGGCACCUUGAUGAGUUUCUGGGCAACCAGGUCAAUGAUUUCCGCUCCCGUGGGAAGUCGCUGUCGGCCACGGAGGCAAUCUUUGUCACAGCCACCAUGCAGUUCAGAGAGAAUAUCAAAGCCAUGUAUUCCCUCGUGAAACCCACCAUCGGCUACAAAGGGCUGAUGACGGGCUACCAGAACAAAGUGGUCCACCUCGCUGGCGACAAGCAGAAAGGAGAAGUCCAGCUCGUGGUCAACUUGUUCCAGUCGGUGCUGGACGGAUUCAUCAGGGGAGAGAUGAAGAAAGAGGAGGCCGAACCUGCAAAGCCGGCUAAAGCUCGUAAGAAGAGGAGGAAAAAAGAUAAAAGUAUGGAGAGUCCCCUGGAUCAUGUUUUCGCCAACUAUCAGGUCAACAUUAUGCAGUCAUGUGACCAGUGUAGUUCUUAUAUCUGGGGCAUGGAGACGGCCUACAUGUGCAGCUAUUGUAAAAUGGUGUGCCACAAGAAGUGCAUGUCCAAAAUAGUCACCGACUGCCUCUCCUUCUGUGCCAAAAAGAUUGACGAAGACUCCACUGGUCUGCACUUCGGCGUGCGGGUGUGUCGCCUCGUCAGCGAUAAAAACCCAGUUCCCAUGCUGCUGGAGAUGAUGCUGGAGCAUGUGGAGAUGAACGGCCUCUACACUGAGGGCAUCUACCGUAAAUCUGGUUCUGCCAACAGGAUGAAGGCGCUGCACCAGCAGCUGGAGACCGACCCCCACCUGAUCUCCCUUGAAGACUACCCCAUCCACACAGUGACGGGCCUGGUCAAACAAUGGCUGCGGGAGCUGCCAGAUCCACUCAUGACCUUCGCACAUUACAAUGACUUUCUGCAUGCAGUGGAACUGCCAGAGAAGCAGGAGCAGCUUCAAGCCAUCUACAAACUGCUGGAGGAGCUUCCCACUGCAAACUUCAACACGCUGGAGAGACUCGUCUUCCACCUCGUCAGGGUUUGUAAAGAGGAGGCUCACAACCGCAUGUCUCCAAACUCGCUGGCCAUCGUCUUUGCUCCAUGUAUCCUGCGCUGCCCGGACAGCGCUGACCCGCUCCUCAGCAUGAAGGACGUCGCCAAAACCACCACGUGUUUAGAGAUGCUCAUCAACGAGCAGAUCCGACUCUACAACGAGAAGAUGGAGGAGAUCGAGCAGCUGGAGUACGCCGAGGCUCUGGCUGUGAACCAGCUCAAACUCAAAAGACAAAACACGCACUACUGGCAUUUACCUCUCAGGUUCUCAGCUCCUUACAAAGGAGUGGUGGUGCAUGAGAAGGUCACUUCUGAUCUCAGCGUGGUUCCUGAGAACGAGCCUCUCGACUCAGACACCGAGGCUGAAGAGAACCUGAUGGAACGAAUCAAGUCCAUCAAACAGGAGAAAGAGGAUCUGGCCUGUCGCCUGCCGGAGAUGGAGCAGCCCGGUUCGGACCAGGAGAACCUGGACUCGGAGGCGUCGCUGAGCUCCGAGAGUCUUCUGGACGAGCAGCAGCGCUCCUCCGCCCACAGCUCCGAGCCUGAAGGACGAGGUGGCCUCCAGCCGAGGAGACACAAGCCAGCCUGUCCACCUAAACCCGACCCGGCCCAGCGACCCAAAGUCCUCGGCGGACGCCACUCUCUACCAAACCUCACACCUGCUCACUCCACCUCCUCUAUAUCCAGCUGCGCUUCUUCAACCUCCGACUCAUCCAACAGGCACCCGCUGCAGCGCCGCAGCCCCGUCAUCCCAGCCACAGUGAAACUCCCGCCAGGAAUCCACGCCCACGCGGCCUCGAGUCUGAAUUGCAGUCCUCCCGGGAGUCGAGCGUUCCAACACUUCAGAAGGAGGGAGCAGCCGGGCCGCCGCAAAGACAGCACCCAGUCCAUGUACAUCGACAACACACAGUGUGACGUGUUGUUACACUUCUCCUCCUGCCCUCCCUCCACUUCCUCCUCCUCCAUCUCCUUGGUGAAACGCUCUCCUCCGCACCACGAGACACAAGCCCCGAAGGGCCAGAGGCGGCUUUCUGACCCCGAUGUGACGUUCACGGAGGAGGGUAUGUGACGAAAGAUGGAGAAGUGAGGAGGAUUAGGGCAACAACCUCAGAGUAGAAGAAAGGUAAUAAAUAGAAAUGUCGUGCCACAGAUGACAAUGAUGGGAUUGUAAAAAUCACACAGGAAGAGAAACAUUGAACACGAUGAAACGUUCAUUCGCCACGGUGGCUCCACACAGAUGAGCAGGAGUGAGACGAUGUUCCAGUUUCUGUCGUCAGAGGGAAACAAAUCAACGAACUGUUUGUGUGUUUAAAGUCUUGUUGUCCUUUUUCACAGUAAAACAUUUUUACUGGACAUGAUGUUGCCAAGCACCUUUUCUAUCUUUUUUUUCAUAUUUUACGGUGACUCAGUGAAUUCAGCUUCAACACAGGCUGGGUUUCAUUUGUAGCCUCUUCUUUCUACUUUUUUUGUCGUUUUUCUUCAAACAAAUUUGUGCUAUUUGGAGGAAAUAAUAGCGGUUCCAGUCGCACUUUUCAUUUCUUAGUUCUCCUAUUGAGCAAUGCAUGCUCGCUGAAAUGUUAGCUAGUGCCUUGAUAAUGUACAGUAAUCUGAACAAGAAACUCGUCGCUCAUGUCAUUGUUAUGGAAAAGUACUC